AAUGAAUUUCUGACCUGUUAUUUUGUCUAUAUUUAUUCACUGCUGGCUUUGCAUUAUCAAAACAUAGCGACAUAAUCAUGGCAGCCAAAGGAUCCACAACGCUGCCACUUUAUCAGCGAUAUGUCAAUGGAGUGCCUGUACCGCAAGGAAGAAAAACAUUACGAUUGCGGGAGAAAUAUAUAAUUUUGUUAGUUUUUAUGACCUUUACCAUUGUGUGUUUAUGUGCUUUCAUGUUCUUACCUAAUAUGCAGGAUAAAGUUUCAUAUGACAUCCGUAAGAAAAUUGAUGAAGCAGGCGGCGAUUUGUUCAUUCCUAGACAGCGAAAUGCUCCUGAUGGAUCCCCAUUGGAAAUGCAUAUUGAUGAUGACUUACAUAAAUCAGGUCGGCUAAGUAAUAGUAAUAGCAAUGAUUUACUUAAAAAUAAAAUAGAAACCUGGCAAAAAGAAAAAGUAAUGUCCGAAAUAAGCAAGAUUCUGAAACCUGAAGAUGUUGAGGCCAUUAAAAAAGGCCUGGUCUCGGAUAAGCAGUUGUUUUUAGAACAAAAGAAAGAAGAAGAGAGGAAAAGAAAAGCUCAGCUAGAUGAAGAAGCCAAGAAAGUGAAAAAGGAUCACGAAGGUCAUCCAGGUGCUCGUGGUGGUGAACCUACUGAUCCUCAGAUUAAGGCUAAAAGAGACAAAGUUAAAGAGAUGAUGUCUCAUGCAUGGCACGGGUAUGAGAAAUAUGGCUGGGGUGCCAACGAGCAUCGACCAAUCAGCUUAAAAGCUCACUCUGGCAGCAUUUUUGGAGCCGGAGAGCUUGGGGCUACCAUUGUGGAUGCCAUUGACACUUUAUACAUUAUGGAGCUGGAUGAAGAGUUCAAGAAGGCACGGGACUGGGUGGCACUCAAUUUAAACUUUGACAUGCCUGCUGAUUUGUCUGUGUUUGAAACAAAUAUCAGAUUUGUUGGAGGCUUUCUUUCAGCAUAUGCCUUGACUGGUGACCAGAUGUUUAAACAAAAAGCCAAGAUCAUUACAGAUAAGCUCCUCCCAGCAUUUAACACACCAACUGGCAUACCUUAUGCUAUAGUGAACUUGAAGACUGGCUCAUCACGUAACUAUGGCUGGGCUUCUGGGGGAUGCUCCAUUUUGUCAGAAUUGGGAUCUCUGCACCUAGAAUUUGAUUAUUUAUCAGCCGUAACAAAUGACAACACUUAUAAAGACAAGGUUCUGAAAAUAAGAGACUUUAUGAAGACUAUUGAAAAGCCUGAAGGUUUUUAUCCCAAUUACAUUCAUCCUGCUACUGGGAAAUGGUGCCAAGUUCAUGUGAGCAUGGGAGCACUGGGUGACAGUUUCUAUGAGUAUUUGCUCAAAGAAUGGUUGAUCUCUAACAAGGAAGAUGCUCAAGCCAGGCAAAUGUAUGACGAUGCCAUGAAGACUGUAUAUGAAAAGCUGCUAGUAAAGUCUAAGUCUGGACUCACCUACUUUGCUGAAUACAAAUCUGGUCGCUUGGAACACAAGAUGGAUCAUUUGGCUUGUUUCACAGCUGGCAUGGUUGCACUUGGAGCUGAAGGCUCAGAUAACAAAGAGAAAUAUGUGUCUAUUGGAGCAGAUCUGGCCAAUACAUGUCAUGAGUCAUACAUAAGGACAGCUACUGGUCUAGGUCCAGAGUCCUUUAGAUUUGAAGGAGAAACUGAAGCCAAAGCCAUACGCCAGAAUGAAAAAUAUUACAUUUUACGUCCAGAAGUUGUAGAAGGCUGGUUUUAUAUGUGGAGACUCACAAAAGACAACAAGUAUAGAGACUGGGCCUGGGAGAUGGUACAGGCCUUGGAAAAAUUUUGUCGAGCUGAAGGAGGAUUCACUGGUAUUAAAGAUGUCUACCAGGUACCUCCCCAGCUGGAUGAUGUACAGCAAAGCUUUUUUUUGGCAGAGACAUUGAAAUAUCUUUACCUCAUUUUCUCUGAAGACUCCCUGCUACCACUGGACAAGUGGGUGUUUAAUACAGAGGCACACCCACUUCCUGUUAAAGGAGUCAACCCUGCUUCUGCUCAAUAGUUGUACAGUUGUAAUGUGUUUUUGUCUAAGUAACAAAAUACAUUAUAGUUUUAUUUGUUUUUAAAAAAUACUUUUGUCACUGGAGCCACAAAUACUUCGGACAUUCUCUGCUAAAAUGUAUAAAGACACUCAAUACAUGUGAUCACUUUUUAUAGAUAUUCCCUUAAAGCAUCUACUGUUUCUUUAUUGUCAAUGGACUGUUUGUAAUCUCCAACUCUCUCUCAAGCAUUAUUUUCCAUUGCUAUCUUACAAGAUGACUUUUUCACAAAUUGUAAUAUUUCAGUACCACCGGUUUAAGAAUAUAUGCUAAACAGCUGCUUUAUAGCAGUGUUACCUAAUCAUUGGGUAUAAGUAAGAUGGUAGUUUCCAUCUUUUUACUUAAACGAUUUGGAGAAACUAGUUCAUGGUCAAGUAUUUCUUACAGAAUCCUUUUUAUGGCUGAACAUUUGAGUUAUGAUUCAGUUCUUAGUGAAGAAAAUCCUUGGCUUUCUAACAGAAUUAAUUAUGAUUCUUAAGAAAUCUUAAGGAAGCAAGCUGAGAACUAAUACAAUGCAUUGAAUAGUAUAUGAUUAUUAAUUAGUAUCUUGACUUGAUUGCAUGUAUUUCUUUAGUCAUUUGUAUUCACAGUUUAAACCCUCUAAGAAACCCAGUUAACUUAUAUACAAUGAAAAUAUGUGUUGUUGUUUUGCUCUUUUUAAAGCACAUUUCAAAUGUAAAUGUAUCUUUUAAUGCAUAAUCAAUCAUUCAGUCAUUCUGUUUUAGUUUUAAAUAUUACCCAGUAUAAUUAGAUUAAAAAAAAACAGCCACCUGGCCUAUAUUUCACUGAUCAUAUUUGAUAUUUUUUUAUGUUUUGUGUUACUUGUGUUUUGUUUGAAGUAAUGACUACCUCUCAUGCAUUGCAAUUCUUAUAACUCAAAAUACAAAUAAUCUUUCUGUCAAAUAAGUGUAAAAGAAACUCAUACACAAGUGCUACACAAAGUAUUUCAUAAACUUGAUUAUAAUUACCUAUCCAUAUUUUUGAGAGAAGUAGCUUUGCAUUGGACUUCAAUUGCUUCAGCAUUCACUUUUUUUAUUCAAAGCAGCCUGUUCAGUUUCUUGUUUCAAUGGACAUGGCAAUAUUAUUUGUUCUUAUAUUUAAUAGAACGUCUAACAAACCCAUGCACCUGGUGAAGAAGGUUUGAGUUGGCAUCUGUUUAAGCCUGCAAUUAUUUUUUUUUUUGAACUAGAGCAGAUAAUUAGUGACCAUAUUCUUUUUCCCUCAUGAAAACAGAUUGUUCUUUUUUUUUUUUAAAAAACCAUUUUCUCAAAAUUAUCUGUUUGAGUGACAAUUUUUUUUAAGUCAUACAAUAUUUAACCAGUUUUAACUUGACAUGUGCAGCUUUAAAAACAUUAUUUGGUUUGAAUAUUUUAUGCUUCAUUAGUCAUUGUGUAUCUCCAGCUGUGGAAUCAGUCAACACUGUCAUCAAACAGUGUUCUUCUGAAUGUCCACUUUCUAUACAUCCCUCACAUGCAGGCACAAUGAAAGGCUCUCAUGUUUAUACAUUUUACUUCAAUCUUUUUUAAAUCCUUUUUUGUUUGUACUUUAACAAGAGUUAACUACUUGUAAAAUUGUUACAGUUAUAGCUUACUCCUUAAGUAUUUUUAUCUCAUUUUCAUGGCAUUUUUGUGUUUGUUAUAUAAUCAUUUCAUUAUUAUUGCAAAUAUUUCACUGUUACUGAAGUGUGCGUUAUCUGACUCAAGUUUUAAAGUUGGUCUACAUAUCAUCUGACUUAUAUUUUGAACUUGGUCUGCAUGUCAUCGGACUAGUGUUUUGAACUUGCCUGCUUGUCAUGAGACACAAGUUUUGAAUUCUGUGAUUCCCUUUCACUCUUGUUACUUUAAUGUUUUUUGUUUUUUUUUAAUAUAUCAAAUACUAGAGAUAUCUACAGAAGUAAGAUUUAUGCCAUUUUGACAGUGUCUACCAAAUGGUUUGACUGGUACUCAAAAAUAUUGUAAGACGUUAAUAAAGCUAGAUAAUAUAAACAUUAGAUUAUUUUGAAAAAUUAACAUAUAUUAACACAAAUUUUUGUAAAUCAGAAGCAGUUUUGAAAAUAAUUUCUUCUGGAGUUUCAAAACUCCAUUCUACAUCAACCAUCUCUUCUAUUGGUCUUAUUCUGAAGAAAGGAAAACAAUUGUCCUGGUAGAGAUUAACUUUUGUGUGUGGCCAGCAUCACUUACUACAGAACUUGAGAGUAGUUUCCUUCUGUUUAUGUCCUAGUCUUGAUGUUGAUCAUGAAUACUAUGGAACAGAAAGCCAGAGAUUUUAUUUUUGCCUUUUUAUGUCAAGAAUAGAAAGAAAAAUAAUUGCAUUUUAUGCUUUGCUAUUGUGAAUUCUGUCUCAAAUUGAGACGUAUUAAUAGAAUCAUUUGUAUUUUAUCCUAAAUGUUUGUGUUGUAACUAAAUCUCUGAAGAGCAGGGUGUCACUGCACAAUAUCAAAUGCUCUCUUAAUGUACAAAUAAUCAUACAUGUGUUUGCUUACAUGAGUUUGUUGGUUUGCUCCAGGUUCUGAUCAACUUGUGUCCUGAUGUGUUAUACAACAACAACAAGGAUUACACACAUUUUGUUUUCAAUACAGAAACAAAGUUUCAUGCAAAUCUGGGCUUUCAUAAGAUAUACACAAACAAUUCUUGACUUUUUGAAAGAGAUGGCUAUUUUUGUUGCAGAAAUAGAAAAUCAGAAAUAAAUCAAAACAAUGCGUAGUGGACAAAACUUGGGCAGUUUGUGAAAAAGUUGAAAAUAUAGAAUUGUUGCAAGUGUUCACAUCAUAAUAGUCAUCUUUGAGAGAUCCAGAGAUCAAUAUAUUGUUGACCAAUAUCUGCAUUACCUGAAUCUAAAGUUAGUUUUUGAUCUUAAAUUAUUUUUUAAAGCGAAAAUAAAAAGCAAUCUUAUUUUUUUUCACAAUUAUAAAUUUUUGUGAAAUAACCUGAAAACCUAAAAAAAUAUAUAUUUUUUUUUAAAUUCUUAUUUUAAUGAUUUGUUGUUAAUUUUAGUCAAGUUACAACUUAUAUUGUCAAGAUUAUUCUUACAUAACAUUUUUAGUUCUCCUUGUAUCAUUUUCACUGAAUUGCUGUCUGUCAACAUGAUAUAUCUUUUUGUAUUAAUCAAUUUCUUCAUUCUACAAGUAUUUGCACUGAGCAGUAAACCUAGAAAAACAACUACAUUGGCGGAUGUUGUAAGCAAAAAUUACUUUAAAAUAUUGGAUAGGAAUAAAUGUCAGUACAUUUUGAAUGGCUUUACUAUCUGAAAAUGUUUGUGACCAUAAAAUGAUUUGAAAAUUAAUUUGGUUGUUUUUUUACAUUUUAUUUAUUCAAAGCAUGUAUAUUUUAAUUUAUCUGCAGUGGUACUGCAUCUGUUCACCUUCUUCCAUUUCUUUGUUUGGAAUAUUUUAUGUUUUGGUACAUCAUCUGAUUUUUGUUUAGUGAAAGAUUGGCGUGAAGAUGGAAAACUAUUUUGAAUGUUACGUUGUAUGGACUUGUAUAUACCCGGACUAUUUUUUUUUUUUUUUUUACUGCAACUGAAAAGAUCUACAGCUAGUUUUCACUUUUACCACAAGAAUGACACAGCUAGCAAUUAAAACAGUGAAUUGAAGUAGAAGUGACAGCAGUGUUACAGAAAAUGUAUCUUUUUUUGGUGUGUGGAAUAUCAUGUUUAGUUUUUAAUAAAAUGGACAAAAAAAGAGAAUUAUGUUCAUUUAUAGUAGGCUGCCUAUGCUGUUGAUCUUAUUCUUCUCACAGUGUUUUUCUUGGGAGUUCUGUAUACUAGCGGAAUCAGAACUUUUGAGUGAAAAGGAAGGGGGGAGGGAUUGUUUUCCAAACCAACGCCCAGUAAACUGAGUUUGCCCACCUCAUUUAAAAAAAUACUGCUUUUUAGAGUCUAGUAGAUUUAGAUUUGGUCUAAAUUUCUUUCACAUUCUCCCCGUUAAUCUUAAUUUGCUGUUCCGAUCGGUUUCAGGGUUUUUAAAAAUUAUUAAAAAGGAAAAAGUUACAUUUCAGGGUUUGCUGGAAAAAUAAGUAGCAACCCUGUUCUCAACCUUAGGCAAUAAAAACAAGAGCCCUGACAUUUUUAACUGCAGAAACACAUCCUUCUGACAUCUAAAGCUAUUAAAAAGACAAGUCAAAUUAAGUCAAAUCAAGUAACGUGGGGGCAAGGGCCUAUACUGAAAUGUGAACGACAAUUGAGGCACAAGUAGUGUAAGUAUAUCUUUAUUAGGUCUAUUUAUCGUAAUCAAGUUAAGCAAAACAAUUGUGUAGUAGGCCUGUUUAGGUCAAAAUAAGAUGGUUCUAGAACUUUUGUGAAACUUGUGUCUUGAAAAUUUUGCUUUGACUAUUUGAAGCUUUAAACUUAUAAUGUGACUGUUUGAGGCUUUAAAGUUGUGACUAGACUGUUUGAGGCUUUAAAUUUGUCACUUGACUGAGGUUUUAAAUGUGUAAUUUGACUGUUUGAGGUUCUAAACUUGUGACUUGACUACUUUAGGCUUCAUUGAGGCUUAAGUCUAGGACAUAAUAACCUUUUAAGAAGGAAUACCUGUAACCUGAUGGACAUGAGCUCAAUUUAUGAAUUGGUUGGUAUUUGGGUUUUAUUUAAAUCUACUUGAGCCUUGGGUCAUUCUUGUUAUUCUGUGAUGAUGUGAACUGAGAAGACAAAAACACACAUCUUGAAACUUAAACCAAGCUGUUAGUUAGCUGUACCCAACUUAAAGAAGCACCUCUUGCUUUCUACAAACAACUUUGUUUAGCGAUUCUUUUGUCAAGCACAAAGUGCAUCUUUUUUUUAGGUGUUGGUCUAGUUAGUAAUGUUUGUAUAAAACCUAGGUUACAGGUUUAAAAAAAAACCUUUGUAUCUGAAAGUGAAUGAGUACUGUGAACCUAAUAUUAAAUUUGGAUUUAUCUUUGCUGCAGCGAAUCUAUAAACCUUAAGUUGUUUGAACAUUAUAAUAUGUUUCAUAUUCAAUAGGAUGCAACAACUAGAUACUAACAUAAUUUAGAUGAAAACAUUGUCCUUUGAUAAUAUUUCCUGACAUUUAAUUUUGAUUAUCAUUCAGCUUUAAAAGUAAAAAAAAAAAAAUUAUUCAUUUUUACAUUUAAGUAGUCGAAGAGCUACAAGCUGUGAUUUUGCAUUUUUAGCCAGAUAAAAACAUAUUUCUUAUGAUGUUGGUACAAUAUCCAAUUUCUUAAAAUCUGUUAUAUUUAACUCUAAAACCAAUCAAAAUAGCUUUGUUCUUUAGUAAUACUUUUCAAGAAUAUUUCAAUAUUUUUACUAUUUUUGUAAAUAUUUUUCUUCAUUAUUUAUAUACUUAAAUCAAUGGUCUUGUUAAUCUAAGAUUUUUGUUUUAAAUUUCAGCUAAAAAAAAUUUUGUUAGAAAUAAAUAUGAUAUGCUUGCUUAUGUCCCCUAAAAUUAUAUAUAUAUUUUUUUUGUAACUUGCUCAGAAGCAAAUGUAAUUUUUUUUAUGUAAUAUUAAAUUUAUAACAAAUUAUCUUGAUGAUUUUAACUUGAUUAUUAAUGCAUAUUUUUAAUCCAAUAGCUUAAAAAAUGAAGUCCUAUAGUCAUGGUGAUCCUUUUAAUUUCACAAACACUAUUCCAAAUGUAUGUACACAUGUGUUUAUAGUUUCCUUAAGGCUGAUUCACUAUUUGUCCAACUGUUCAGUUAUUUUGAAGACAGCUACAAUUACAAUUCAUUUUUGAUCUACUUGUAAGUAUGUUGAAUGCAUCAACAACAUUGUGAAUGUGGGUUUAUUGAACUGUUGGUGUGGGUAUGUGUGUUUGAAUGGAAUGCCAUUCUACUUAUCAUCUUUCAAUGUUUAUGUCUGUUCAUUUCCGUGUUUUUUUUCUCUUUACUAGAAGAAAUUCUAAGCACCAAUUUGUUAUGACAGUUUGUUAUUGAUAAAAUGACUUCAUGAAAAGAAAUCAAGUUGUUUGAC